AUGGCUGUAGCUUUGCGGAACGCUCGCUUCGUCGGCCCGCACUUGGGCGCAAUCCAAGUGCUCCUUCGGCACGGGUCCAGUGCCACGAGCCUGCUGGAAGAGGCGGCCCAGAGAAGGUCGGCUCUGGUGGCAGGCUUCGUUCCCCCGAAGAGGCCCUCGCAGGAGCCGCAGGCCCAGGGCCCUCGGCUGCGCUUUGGCCGCGGGCCUUUGGGCAGCGCGGCGCGGGCCGCGGCCCAGCGCCGCGAGGAGGAGGAAGCCGAGGCAGCCCUGAGCAUCCAGCGGAGUAUCGGCAAGUCGCCCAUGGGCCUCUACCCAGUCUACGACAUCCCGCGGCAGGUGGCCCUGGAGUUUACCGGCGUGAAGGUCCUCCAGCCUGCGUCGCUGCAGCACGCGCUGGCGGAGGCCUCCAGAUCGGUGAAGUGGUCCGCCUCCGGCGAUGGCGCCGCCCUGCUGGAAGGCGGCGGUGCCGAGCAGAUCGAGGCGGGCAACGAGCCUGCGGAGGAGGGCGAGGAGGAGGAAUGGGUGGAGGAAGAGGAACCGGCCGAGUGA